AUGAAACCGAUCUCACUAUCUGAUAUCCCAACAACCUAUGAGAGCACUGAAUCAGGUCUUUCUUCAGAGUAUUCAUCAGAAUUUUCAUCAGGAGAAGUAAUUUCAAUUCCGUCUCUGGAAGCAUCCUCUGAUUUGCCAGCAGCAGCACCUCAAGUUCCAGUAGUUCCAAAGCCAGUGGAGAAACCGCUGAAGCAGUUCAAGUUCUGGAAAGAUCUUCCUCCCCAAUUUCAGAAAGAUGUUGUAAAAAAGUUAGAUUAUAAAGCAAGAUGCUGUCUACGUAAAAGCUCAACAGCGAACCGUGAUCUCGUUGACAACUGUCCACUUCCAAUGUCUUAUAUCACAAUCAAAACCGACCGCACAUACAAUCCGAAAACCAAACAAUUAGAUGAGCAAGUCGUUUUCUCGGUGUUUGCGGAUAAUUGGAAAAGUGUCAAUUUACAUGGAGUUGACGACUUUCUGUCACUUUUCAAGAACCGAAGAUCUGUUGCUCAGAGUUGUUGGUUCGAUUGCUUUGAUGAGAACAAACCAUGUGUCGCCAGCUUCAUGACAGAGCUGGAGAAAGAAAUAAAGAUUCGAGGAGCCCAGAGCAAAAUCAGAGCAAGAAAAAUUCAAUGGAAUAAUAAUUACAAGAUCUCACUACCAAAAGGAAACAUAUCGAACCAGAAGAUCUCAUCAAGUCCGGACCCCGGAAUUCACUUCACAAAUAUACUCAACUGCUUCGAUUCGAAAUAUCUCAAAUCUUUGGAUCUCGUGAAAUCAAAUUUCACAUCUUCAACCAUAAACAUAUUGGCUAAAUCUUCACACUGGUGGCUCCUCAAAGAAAUAAAUUUGGAACUUCAACAGAAAACAAUGAUUGAUUUGUUCCUGACAGCUGAGAGGUUACUGUAUACCACUCAAACGUUCAAUGGUCAAGAUAUUUGGAAAGUAAUUCAGAGUUUUCAAUCAAGAGAUCUCCCUCGUGGAGCCCAUUUCCAGCUCACAGCACACAAACCAUGGGAUGUAGACGAAGUUCUGAAGAGUUUCCAAGUUCCUGUGAAAGAUGAACCCGUUGAGUCAAGAAGGAGUCCAUUCAUAAAACAUACACAACGGCUUACGACUAGGUCGGGAGAGUUGGUUUUGGUAGUGAAGCUGAACUCAGAAGUCGUUAGAGGCGUGAUUUGUCGAGCGAAUUGUAUCAAAGAAGAUUUCGGAAGCGACUCAUAA